CACCAUAAUUACGAAAAGGUCAAGGGAUACCAAGUCAUCAAAUACAUGAUUGUCUAUUCAUGAAAUCAAAAUGAAAACAAAUUUUAUUAGUAAUUCUCCAGCCUCCAAGUAGGAAUGAUGAGUUCAUUAUAGAGCGAUGGAGAGGGGGAGUGCUAGGGUUAAGGUACGUUUUCCGGCAGCCAAGGACAGUGGUAGUGGGACCAAGCGGCAGCUUCCAGGGUAUGGCAGGCAGUUUCUAGCGCAAGUAACUAUGUAUUUCUUCUAUGAUUUUCUAGCAGAUUGUUCAGUGAAGGAUAUGUGGUUUUGCUUUUGGUCAUUUGGGAAGGUGGCAGAUGUGUUUAUUCCGGCGAGGCGAGAUCGGAGAGGGGGUCAUUUUGGUUUCGUUCAUAUGUCAGAGGUCUCAAAUGUUAAGGAUAUGGAACAUAAAUUAAAUCAGAUCUGGCUUGGAUCUUAUCAUCUCAAGGUGGUUGCUGGCAAUGUGGUUGCAUCCGAGGAAGGGGUGUCUUCGAAUAAUGAUGUCAGGCAGGUUGAGAUAACAAAAGGGAUGGAACCUGUAGUGGAUGUGGUUCCGGAGACAAUUCCAGAAAGGAAUACUGUGCCAUUGACAAGCGAAGGUAGGGUGGAGGAAAGGUCUUCUCCAAAAACAGAUUUGGUAUUAGAAUUCACUCCUAAUGAUGAGGAAGUAGCAUGGUUGAAACGAAGUAUGGUGGCGAUGGUUCGAUCUUUAGAUAUGGUGAAGAAAAUUCAGAACAGGUUGGAUGUAGAUGGUUUACUGGUAAAUGUGGCUUUGCUUGGAGGUCACCAUAUCAUUUUAGUUGAUUAUUCAGAAGGAUGCCUUGAGGAGUUUAUUAGUCAUAACAGCGAAUUAGUGGAGUCAUGGUUCGAAUGGAUUCAACCAAUGUCUUUAUCCACGAUGUCUCCGGUGAGCAGACUAGUAUGGCUUCGGUUCACGGGUGUUCCAUUAAAGGCAUGGAGCGAGAGAUGCUUCACAGAAUUAGGUGGAUUAAUUGGAGAGGUGAUAUUAGUUGAUGAGGAUACGAGGAGUAAGUCCUUUUUGUGUGAAGGAAGGGUGUUGAUCUUAAGUGAGGAAAAGAGUAAGAUAUCGACCUCAAUAGCUCUGCAGGUUGACAGCAAGGCUUUCCCAAUAACAGUGCAGGAGGAGGAGUGGAUGAUGGACCCCGGAUUGGUGUCAACCCGACUGAACUGGACAGAGAAGAAACGCAGAAGCUUGGGAACGAUUUAUGCUGGGGUUAGUGGGAUGGAGAAACCUAGGAAAGAUGGCACCAGCUGGGUCACGGCAAGGAUAAAAGCUCGCAGAAAUAGAAGGGGCACAGAUCUGCAGAUGGAUGAAGUCAGAGAGUUGUUUCUGAUGGGGCAGAAUUUGGGGAUUCAAUGUCAACAAAAUGAGGAAGAGGUGAUCUCUAGGUUGGCGGCUUUAAAGGAGAGGGAUGGAGUCACCUUCGGACUGGGCAAUUUGGGAGGUUUGCUGUCUAUAUGGAAUAAGAGCAAUUUUGUUAAAGAAAGGGUGAUAGAAGGAAAUGGUUUUAUUGGGAUUUCAGGGGAGUGGGGAAAGCAGCGGUUGAAAUGUAACCUUGUUAAUGUGUAUGCUCCUUGUGAUAGGCAGAGGAAGGCUAUGUUGUGGGAGGAGAUGGGUAAGUUAGUUCUGGAAGAGGGUGGUAGAUGGCUCUUAGCAGGGGAUUUUAACGCAGUAAGGAAUGGGGCAGAGAGGAAGGGGAGACUAGGAGGGACACAGGACAUGGGAGAUUUUAAUCAAUUUGUAGAGGGGUGUGGAUUAAUUGAUGUUAGAUUGAGGAACAGGAAAUUCACCUGGUACAGACCUGAUGGCUCUUCAAUGAGUAAGUUGGAUAGAUUUUUGUUAUCCACAGAAAUGAGUUUAUUGGAUAAAGAUUGGUUUCAAGUUGGGGUUCAAAGAUCAAUUUCAGAUCAUUGUGCACUUAUUUUGACGUCAAGAAAUAUAGAUUGGGGUCCCAAGCCUUUUCGAGUACUUGACGCAUGGCAACAACACCCUGAUUUUAAAGAUAUUGUGGAGGAUAAAUGGAAGACUUUGCAGAUUGAAGGAUGGGCGGCUUUCCAAUGUAAACAAAAGCUGAAAUUAUUAAAAGAGGACUGCAAGGGGUGGAAUAGAGGGGUUUUUGGUAAUGUGGAGACUCAGCUGGAUACAAGGUUAAAGCAUAUUGAGAGGUUGGAAAAAAAAAGUGAGGAAGAGGAGCUGAGCGAAAAUGAGGUGCUAUUGAGAAAGGAAUGCUUUCAAGAGAUGUGGGACAUUUUCCGAAGGAAAGAAGCUGUGUGGAAGCAAAAAUCAAGGAACAAUUGGGUUCGUAUGGGUGAUGCAAAUACAGCUUUUUUUCCACAGAUGCGUGCAGACAAGGAGGGCACAGAAUGCAAUAGAUGGUUGAGAAGGGUUAUGGCAGAUAUUAUAAGUGAGUCACAAUCAGCUUUUGUUAGGGGUCGUCAGUUGGUGGACAGUGUGUUAGUUUUGAAUGAGGUGGUAGAUGAGGUGAAGAAAAAGAAACAGGAGAGCUUUAUAUUUAAGGCUGAUUUUGAAAAAGCAUAUGAUUGUGUGGAUUGGGAUAUUCUUGAUUGGAUGAUGGACAGAAUGGGGUUUGGGGUUAAAUGGAGGAAGUGGAUUCGGGAAUGUCUUUCAACAGCCAGGAUUUCUAUUUUACUAAACGGAAGUCCGACAUCGGAAUUUUCAGUUAGCAAAGGUCUUCGUCAAGGGGAUCUUUUAUCCCCUUUUUUGUUUUUAUUAGUGGGUGAAGGGCUAUGUGGGCUGGUGAAAAAAGCAGAAUGUGAAGGGUUGUUGAAAGGUCUGGAAAUUGGGAGGGGUGGUAUGGUGUUGUCAUUAUUGUAGUUUGCAGAUGAUACUGUCUUUAUGGGAAAGACGUGUGCAAGGAAUUUAAAGGUUGUGAAAGCCAUUUUGCAUUGGUUUGAAUUGAUUUCAGGAUUAAAGAUAAAUUUUAGCA